UACGUUGACGACGAAUAAAUAAAAAUAAACAAAUUUUGUUUAUUUUUUGUUGAUUGUGUCUUCUUGGCUUAGUUGAGUUUCGAAGCAGUCGGGUAACUAAACAUUCACUGAAAUGGCUCCCAAACCAAAGCAAAAAGUGACGAUUCAUAUCGAUCCAAAUAAAUGGAGUGAACAAAUCAAAGAAAUUGAAAAGUCUCACUUGGAAGAGGACCAAUCAGCAGGGGGAGAAGGCGACUACGAUUUGGAAUGGUUGGAUAAUGAGGAGGAGGAGGAGGAGGAAACCGUAUUGAAAUUGUACGAACCUUCAGAACCAAGUGUUAAUAUUGGUCGCAUUGACUUGUCAUUUCCAGAGACCACACAAGAGUUUGCAAACACUGCAGAAUGUUAUCUUCCAAGUUAUUAUACUCAUUCGUCGAAGGAGCGACUAAUUCUACUCUAUGCUGAAAACUUUCGUAGACAAUUUUGUUUUCUAUUCCCAAAACGUCGUCCACUGGUUCUUGCACCGUACAACGAAUGCAAUAUACAGAAAUUUGUUUGCACAACGAUUCGACCAACCGCUUUUGCUUAUGUGCCACUGAUUGCAGACGAGGUGGGAAUCGCUAGAUUUGUAUCGGAUUUUAUAGUCUAUGAACCAUUGAAAGACAUUAUUGAAACCCCCACAACUUUAAUAUCGCCUGCGACUCUACUAAGACGACGCCGUGGCACUAGCUUCGAAAUGGCCACUCUUCUUUGUAGCAUGUUAAUAGGAGCUCGAUUUCCAGCUAUGGUUGUUUCAGGAGUUGCUAAACAUAGAACAAUUAUGAAUGAUACUACGGCCCUGCCAUAUCCAUUUCCUAUUGAGGACUUCGAAAUAGAAGAAGAAGUCGAAUCAAAAAAUGUGAAAUGCGUGAAGUACAAACUUCGUCCUAUACCCGAUAUUCACAGCCAUUUGGAAGAAAUUAUGUUAGAGAAUGAUAAGAUAAAAGCUGAAGAAGAUAAGGCACGUGAAGCGGAAGCAAGAAAAAGGGUUCAAGAGCUUCAUGAACUUAUACCUAUAGAUAGGUUUCACUAUAGACGUUCACAUGCUUGGGUCGUCAUUGUACAAAAUGCUCCAUGGACUCGAAAACCAAUAAUCAUGGUGGAGAACGAAUUUGGUGACACUGUGGAGGCACAACCAAAACCAAUUUUCAUCGAACCAGCUAGUGGUUACAUAUUUGAGCAAAGUAGUGAUUACAUAUUAAUUGACAGUGUUUGGGACAACAAAAAUUAUUAUGUCAAUAAACAGGAUUAUAAACGUGUUCGUGAGAUACGCUGGGACUUCAAUAAUAUGGACGAUUGGGAGCAUUUACUACUAGGCGAGCCACGGGAGCUUGUCAAAUUGAAUGUAAAGUCUGAUGAAAAUGUAACUGAUGUACCAAUUUUGGUAGAUAAGCACUUAGAUAUAGACCAAUCCUGGGUUAUGAGACUUCAUAUUGGUGAAGCAGAUUUUGAACAGAGAUAUCCAGAUUUACAGAAAACAGUACGCUAUCACAAAGUGGUGCAUGAAAAUUUUUCACCGUAUUCACAGCGUGAUGGUAAAAUUGAACAAAUUUUGAUUUAUGGUACUAGUGAUUAUAGGAAACCAGUAAUGCGGUACGAAUAUUAUAAAAAUCGUAGUGAUAAAUUGGAAAAAAUAAAGUAUGACCAUGAUACGUCGAUUAUACUUGAAGUAUUUGGGAAGGGACGUAACGAUAAUCUACAUUAUAUGGAACAUAAACUUGACGUGGAUGAAGAUAAGCGUUUAUACUUUUACUCUGAAUCACGUUUGGAUUCAUUGAAAUAUUUAGAAGUGCGAUCGAACUGCUUACUACUUACAUAUGGUAAGCGCAUUGAUCGUUGCAUUGCACAUGAGUUUGAUUUUAAACCACAUGUUCAAGUGUUAAAGAAAAUAACCGAGAAAUUUAGUCGAAAUCAUGAUAUACCUCACUAUCAGGAUAUAAGUCAGCGCACAUAUAUAUUUAACCAACGCAAAGUAGUCCUGAAAUUUCACUAUGCGCCUGGAGCAUUAACAGCGUCUACGAGAGAGUUUAUAAAACCAAUGAAACCAAACUAUGGCGAAGAACUAAAAUUUGAUCCGAGUCUAACCAAAUUUUACAAGGCAAAUCCCGAAGACCCGGAUGCCCCACCAUUAGAUUUAUACCUACUUCUACUUGAGCAAUUGAAACAAGAAGAGAAGUUAAUUAAAUUGUUCGAAAAAGUUUGGGAUGACAUGAAUGCUACACUUGACUUACGUUUGUCUGAAGUCAUGAAUCCAAAACUGAAAUUCAGCAUAUUCGACCCACUGCGCAAUGGAGCCGCACGAGCUAUUCACAUAAAGCAGUAUGAAGAUGAAGAAGCUUAUAGACUAAAAGUUGAAAGCAAUCCACCAGAUUUCUUGGCGCCUUAUUUGGUUGCAUACGAUAAUGAAAUAACUCCAAAAGAAUCUUAUGUGGCCUUUACGUCCUGCUUGCUUGAUUUAAGGACUCGGUUCGUUACAUUGCUUAAUUGUCUGCAACGACAAUAUGAAGAAUUGACGGCAGAAGCAAAAGCAUUGCAACGCUUCCUCAGUAAAUUUCAGGAUCAAUUCAGUAAUUAUGACUAUGAGAGACUUGUAAAUGAAGGCAAUAGUCUUGAACUUAACAAGCGUAUGAUACAACAACGUUUAACCCUGACUCACGAAGAAGCGCAAAAGAAAUAUGAGGAAGUCAGAGCGUCCUUGUUCAAAGAUCCUCGUUUGAAACUAACUCCUGAAGUACUUAGUCGCAUACAAUUGAAAGGAUUCUAAAAUAAUUCCUUAUUUAUUUUGUAAAUGGUUAAUUAUUAUUAUCAAAAUAUAUUUCUAAACCAAUUUAA